UAUUGUUUGCAUUCUAUCGUUUGCUGUUAGGCACUAUUAAUGCCCUCAGUGUCAGGUAUCUGCUGUGAUGUGAUGAAAGCGACCAGUUUACAGUGCAGUUCUUUUUGCAUCAUGUGAUUAGGUGAUAUUGUAUAAAAAUAAAUAAAGCGGUGUGAUAAUGAAAUUUCGUGCUUCAUGGCACAGCACAGUCCCAUGGAAUAAUACUUUUUGUGACUCACUCAGUGCUGGCGAUAAAGAUAAUGUUGGUGGCGAUAUCUUUCUUCGACCAGACCAAACGAUGUCGGUUACGAUUGUACUGUUCUACAUAUUUGUCACAGUAUUUAUGCUGAUGGCAUACAGUCCAAAGCCCCGCAAAAUGUUGGAAGCGAUUAAAAGCUUUUUGCUUCAACUUGUGCACCUAAGCGACAGCGGCGCUGCUACGUCUCAAGGAACCUCUACUGUAGGACAGGUAGAGCAGAUCGACAGAAAAUAUACGGUUUGGGAUAUACCAGGUCCCAAACGAUGGCCACUGGUUGGCACCAAGUGGGUUUACUAUACGGGUCGUUACAAACUAAGCAAAAUGCAAGACGCUUUCGCAGACUUGCAUAAACGCUAUGGUAACAUUGUGUUGGAGGUUGAUGGAGUUCCAGUGGUCAAUUUAUUUGAACGUUCUGACAUCGAAAAAGUAUUACGAUAUCCCAGUAAAUAUCCCUACCGACCUCCAACGGAAAUCGUCGAAUAUUACAGACGCAGCCGUCCGGAUAGAUUUGCUAGUACCGGAAUAGUGAACACGCAAGGCGAGCAAUGGCACGAAAUGCGGGUAAAAUUGACCUCAGGAAUCACUUCGAGAAAGGUUCUGCAAGCUUUUAUACCGUCCUUGAACCAGAUUUGCGAUGAGUUUGUUGAAUUGAUUCGUCGAAAACGCGACGAGAAUCAAUGUGUGACCGAUUUUCAGGAUGUGGCUAACACAGUCGGUCUCGAAAUAAUCUGCUGUCUGGUUUUGGGACGUCGUAUGGGUUAUAUGAGUGGAGACAAGUUGAAGAAUGAGAAGUUUACAAAACUAGCAGAAGCUGUAAAGUCUAGCUUCGUUUUCAUCAGUAAAAGUUACUAUGGACUCAAACUUUGGAAAUACUUCCCAACAAAACUGUACAGAGACUAUGUGCGCUGUGAAGAAAUUAUUUACGACACUAUCGCUGAAAUUGUAUACGAAGCUCUAGCAGAAGAGCAGCGGAGCUGUACAGACGACGAUAUGCGAAGUAUCUUUUUCAGCAUUUUACAAACUGAAGGAUUGGACACUAAAGAUAAAAUUGCUGGUAUUAUUGAUUUGAUUCACGCAGCCAUCGAAACGUUUUCAAAUACGCUGUCGUUUUUAUUAAACAAUUUAAGUCAACACCCUGCUAAACAAAUCAGAAUCGCACAAGAGUUCCAGGAAUGCCCGGAAAUUAUAACCAGUGGGGAUUUGGCGGCAGCUGCUUACACCAAGGCGUGCAUAAAAGAAUCAUACCGUGUUUCACCCACAACUCCAUGUUUGGCACGCAUUCUAGAAGAAGAUUUUACGCUUGCCGGUUACAGCCUAAAAGCUGGGACGGUUGUUCUUUGCCAUACACGAGUAUCGUGCCAACAUGAGGAAAAUUUCAAUCAGGCCGAUAAAUACAUGCCAGAACGCUGGCUGGAGCAGGUAGACGAAAAUCAGAACGUUUACAAAAUUGAAGAACCUGGAGCCUCACUAGUGCUUCCUUUUGGAACAGGGCGACGAAUGUGUCCUGGACACAGGAUAAUCGACAUUGAACUGACGUUAAUGGUAGCCAAGCUAUUUCAGCAAUUCGAAAUCGAGUAUCACAGUCGGCUCGAUACACAGUUUCAGUUUCUACUAGCGCCCGGCACACCGAUAGAGAUUAUUUUUAGAGAUCGAAACUAAGAUAAAGAAUCCACGAGGAAUUUUUUCCGAACCUCCCCUUAUUUGCCUUACAUCUGUUAUCUAUUGUGAUUAAGUAUUUAGUAUUUAAUUCUACACCAUAGCGGUAGCCAGACUUGGAUCAUAGCUAAAGACAAAUUUUGAGAAUCAUAUUGAUUAUGUCUAAUGAAACAGAUUGUUGAUCUGUGUACUAGUACUGAUUUACAUAAAACUAUGCGACUAUUUUGUAUCAGUAUAAUUUAUUGCAUUUGUACAAACUUUAAUAAUAUUAAUAGAAUAGAUUAUUCAAACAUAUCAUAAACUUGUAGUUUAUUGAGAUUUAGAAUGUAUGGAAAAAUCUUUCCAUGCAGUAACCUGCAGUCGGAUGUCCUGAGAAAAUAGAGAAGCGUAGACCAUUAUUUAUAUAUUGUUUAUAUCAUACUAUAAUAAAAUUUGAAGUCACUUAACUUGCAAA